AUGGCCACCUCAAAGAAGAACCUCAAGGCGACCAAGAAGUUCGAGAAGAAGCACCUGAAGGGCGUCCUCGAAAAACGAAAGGCUGGCGCAAAGAUCAAGCAGCGCCAGCAGAUCAAGGAGAAAAAGCAAGCGAAGCGGUCCAAAGAUGACGAGUUCUACAAGGGCGUUAAGCCGGCGAAUGGCGCACCCAGCAGCAGCAAGAAGCCCGGCGCCAAGGUCAGCGACAUGAGCGUCGAUGACUUUUUUAAGGGCGGGUUCGAGAUCAUCGACAAGGGCAAGUCGGCGAAGAAGGACGCCAGCGGAAAGCUAGGCAAGAGAAAGCGUGAUGCGCCAGCGACCGAUGAUGCCUCUUCCGACGAAUCGAGCGAUGCAGAAUUGGCCCUUGAUACCCCUGCUCGGGCAGACGAUAGUGAAGAGGACUCCGCAGAUGAGGAUGUCGGCAUGAGCAAGAGCGCGAUGGAUGCCUUGGCCAAAGACGACCCCGAGUUCUACGAGUUCCUCAAGGAGAACGAUCCCGAAGCAUUAGACUUUGACGAGAAUCAGGAUUUGAAGGAGAUCGACGAGCUUAGCGCAAGUGAGGAUGAGCAGCCCAAGAAGAAGCGCAAGAAGAGCAAGAAGGCUGCGGAAGAAGAGGAGGAUUCAGAUGAUGAGUUCACACAGAGCAACGAGUUGACGAAAGAUAUGGUUGCCAAGUGGAAGGCAUCCAUGACCGAGAAGCACUCACUCCGUGCCGCAAGGCAAGUUGUGCUCGCAUUCAGAUCUGCGGCUCACUUAAACGAGGCGGAUGAGGAGAAUAAUCAGCGAUACACCAUAUCGAAUCCCGAGGCUUUCCACGACAUUUUGGUUGUUGCAUUGAAGCACAUACCCGAGGUUUUGCAACACCAUGUCCCUGUCAAGGAGUCGGCUGCCGGGAAGGUCUAUGUGCCGACCGAUUCGAAAAAGUUCAAGACAUUAUCUAUUCUUAUCCGGAGUUAUACGGCUUCCAUUCUUCACCUUCUAAGCACCCUGUCGGACGAUGCCACCCUCAAACUUACUAUUUCCGCGCUCACGCCUCUUCUUCCAUACAUGCUCUCAUUCCGAAAGGUCCUCAAGAAUCUCAUCAAGACCGUAGUGCAUUUUUGGUCUCAAUCCUCUAGCAGUGAAGCGACACGAAUUACAGCUUUCCUAGUUCUUCGGCGGCUAGUGGUCAUUGGUGACAAGGGUGUACGAGAAGCUGUACUCAAAGUCACCUAUCAAGGUCUGAUUCAAGGCAGCCGAUCGACGAAUGCAAACACAAUUCAGGGCAUCAACCUGAUGAAGAACUCAGCAGCAGAGCUGUGGGGCAUUGACCAGGGGAUUGGGUACACGACUGCAUUCACCUUCAUUCGACAACUGGCCAUUCAUCUCCGCAACAGUAUCGCGCACAACCAAAAUGACUCGUACAGGGCAGUCUACAAUUGGCAAUACGUCCACUCUCUCGACUUUUGGUCAUGUGUGCUGUCAGAGCAUUGCAGUCCCCUGAAGGAGGCAGAAGCUGGGAAGGAAAGCCAGCUGAAGCUCCUCAUCUACCCUCUUGUUCAGGUCACUCUUGGCGCUAUGCGAUUGAUACCCACCUCCGUAUACUUCCCCUUACGAUUCCAACUCACUCGAUCUCUACUUCGUCUUUCUCGCGCCACAGGCACCUAUAUUCCCCUAGCAUCUGCUCUGCUGGAGGUGCUGAACUCUGCCGAGAUGAAGAAGCCGCCGAAAGCUACUACUCUUAAGGCGCUCGACUUUAAUGUUGCUUAUAGAGCACCCAAAUCAUACCUUCGGACUCGCGUCUACCAGGAUGGUGUCGGCGACCAGAUAGUGGAGCUACUUUCCGAGUACUUUGUCCUCUGGUCAACGAACAUUGCUUUCCCUGAGUUCUCUUUGCCUGUCAUCAUCAUGUUGAAGCGAUGGCUGAAGGAGGUGCGAGGCAACAAGGGCGGUGGUAACAAGAACGGGAAGCUAGCCUCGAAUGUUAUGCUGUUGGUGCAGAAACUCGAGGCGAACGGGAAGUUCAUCGAGGAGAAGAGGGCUAGAGUAGACUUUGCUCCAAAGAACAGGACACAGGUUGAUGCAUUCUUGAAGGACUUCGACUGGGAGAAAACACCUGUCGGAGCUUUUGUAGUUGUUCAACGAAAGAUCCGUACGGAGAAGCAGAAAAUGUUGGACGAGGCUAGGAAAGAAGACGAGCGAAAGCGGAAGGAGGAUGAGAAACAGGAGUUGAAUGGGGAGAUUGAAGAUGGUAGUGUAUCUGGAGACAACGACGCUGAAGACCUGGAAGAGAGUGAGAUGGAAUUUGAGGAGUGA